ACCGACCAGGCAUGGAAUUGGAGACACUCGCACGAUUCGAGAAGGAUGUGAAGCGGACCGACACCGGGUUCCUGGCGAUAGCAACAGAGGUGGAGAAUGACAGAGAGAAAGCCUCGGAAACUCCAGAAAAAAUCAAGGAAUUACUGAAGGAGUUCCAAGACAUUCUUCCUGACGAUCUUCCGAACGAGCUACCGCCAUACCGAACGCAUCAACACGAGAUCGUGGAGGAACCGGGUUCGAAGCCGACCUUCCGAGCACCAUACCGGCUCAGCCCUACGGAGCUGACCGACAUGAAGAAGCAGAUCGAGUAUCUCCUAGCCAAAGGACUCAUCCGACCAUCUACUUCGCCAUACGGUGCCCCAGUACUCUUCACACCGAAACCGGACGGAAGCCUGCGCAUGUGCAUCGACUACCGAGCUCUUAACAAGCAGACCAUCAAGAAUAAAUAUCCGAUACCGCGAAUCGAUGACCUGCUUGACCAGCUUCGGGGAGCUACGGUAUUUUCCAAACUGGAUCUGCGGUCCGGAUACUGGCAGAUACGGAUGGCGGACAACUCUAUCCACAAAACUGCUUUUCGAACUCGGUAUGGAUCGUACGAGUAUUUGGUCAUGCCGUUCGGACUCACCAACGCGCCGGCAACGUUCCAAGCCGAAAUGAACCACAUUCUACGACCACUUCUGGACGAAUGCGUGGUGGUGUACCUGGACGACAUACUCAUCUACUCGCGCGACAUGAAGCAGCACGUCGAACACCUGCGACGCGUCUUCGAAAUUCUUCGACGGGAACGAUUCUACGUCAAACUGUCCAAGAGCGAAUUCGCCCUUGAAAAGGUCCAGUUCCUAGGACACAUGGUGAGCGCUCAAGGAGUUCACGUCGACCCCAAGAAAAUCGAGGCCGUACGCACGUGGAAGACACCCGAGAACGUGAAGGAGUUGCAGCAGUUCCUAGGCUUCGCUAAUUACUACAACAGGUUCGUGCCACAAUAUGCGAAAAUCGCAGCACCACUCACGAAUCUGCUGAAGAAGAACACGCCCUACAAAUGGGAGACGAAGCACCAGGAAGCCGUGGAGCAGCUGAAACAAGCACUAACGUCCGCACCGGUGCUCAUCUUGCCAGAUCCCGAACGCGACUACGUAAUCGAAGCUGACGCCAGCGACCAGGCAGUGGGAGCAGUCUUGAUGCAAGACCAGGGGAAUGGACUGCAACCAAUUGCCUACCUCAGCAAGAAACUGCACGGGGCAGAACUCAACUACCCGAUACACGACAAAGAGGCUCUUGCUAUCAUCAUCGCCUUCAAAGCGUGGAGAUGCUAUCUCGAAGGACGAAGAACGACCGUCUACACCGACCACUGCAGCCUGAAAUAUUUGAAGACACAACCCAACCUUUCCAGGCGGCAGGUCCGGUGGAUCGACUUCCUCGAGACACACUUCCACUACGACAUCGUGUACAAGCCCGGCCACAAGAACAAAGCAGACGCUCUCAGCCGGCCUGCACACGUUGCCGCGAUUCAGGUCGAAGGGAUGAAUCCACUACUCAAGGGACUCUUCACCCACGGGUACGCCAUCGACCCCGAAAUUUCCUUGGCAGAAAAGCGACAUCUGCUACAAUGGGACAGUGACAUCGCGUACCGGAAAGGAUCAACAAAAAUCUGGGUACCCAAUUACCCUCCUUUGCGCCAGUUACUACUCGAAGAAUACCACGACGUCCUGUACGCCGGACACUUCGGUAGCAACAAGACGCUCACCGGUAUCGCCAAACACUACUACUGGCCCCAUAUGGCAGACGACGUCCAGAAAUUCGUCACCUCGUGUGAUACAUGUCAGCGGAUGAAGAGCAGCAAGCAGAAAAAGGCGGGACUACUGCAGCCUCUUCCUGUCCCAGAACAACCAUGGCAAGUGGUUAGCCUAGAUUUCAUCACCGGGUUACCACCUACCUCCAGCGGUCAUGACGCCAUCCUUGUCGUCAUUGACAAGUUCUCCAAAAUGGGACACUUCAUCCCGACACACACGACGGCACGCACCGAGGAGACAGCACAGCUCUUCGUUCGUCACAUCAUCUCACAGCAUGGCAUCCCAACUACACUCAUUUCCGACCGAGACCCCAAGUUCACUAGCAAGUUCUGGAAGGAACUUAUGUCUCUUCUCGGGACCAAACUCGCCAUGUCAUCCGCAUACCAUCCGCAGACAGACGGACAGACCGAGCGCCUCAACCAAAUUGUUGAGCAACUCCUCCGAGCAGCCUGCAAGGACGACAUCUCCAAAUGGGACUUGCACCUGCCCGUACUCGAGUUUGCUUACAACAAUGCCACACAUGCCGCUACUGGACAGACGCCGUUCUUCCUCUGCUACGGACGCCACCCACUCACACCACAAAAACCAACAGCAUCACCUACAGUCCAACCCGCACAUGAUUUCAUUACAACCAUGCAUCAACUUUGGGAUCGGACCCAUAAGCGCCUACUCGAUAUUCAACAGCAACAGAAGCGCCAAGCCGAUCGCCAUCGCAACGAUCACACCAUCACGGUGGGAGACCAGGUGCUUCUUGACACCCGCAACCUGGACAUCAGCCAUCUCCCAUCUAAACUUCGACCUCGCUUCUGCGGGCCUUUCCUCGUUGAAGCACAGGUCACUCCCGUUACCUUCCGCUUACGCCUGCCAGCUACCUGGAAGAUUCACAACGCCUUCCACGUCCAACUUCUGAAGCCCUAUCGGGACCCGAACACAAUUUUCGUCGGACGCCAACCGCCGCCGCCACCGCCCGUCCUCGUCCAGAAUGAACCCGAGUACGAGGUCGAGUCCGUGCUCGCACACCGCCGUCGUCGGAAUGGCACCGUGGAGCUUCUUAUCCGUUGGAAGGGUUAUGAUCCUUCUGAGGAUAGCUGGGUACCUGAGUCCGACAUGGGUAACGCCCGUCGUCCUCUGCAUGACUACCUUGUCAAGCAGGGUGAACCUCCACAAAAAAUCAAAGAGUUGCUGAAGGAGUUCCAGGACGUCCUUCCCGACGAUCUUCCGAACGAGCUACCGCCAUACCGAACGCAUCAACACGAGAUCGUGGAGGAACCGGGUUCGAAGCCAACCUUACGAGCACCAUAUCGGCUCAGCCCUACUGAGUUGACUGACAUGAAAAAACAGAUCGAGUAUCUCCUAGCCAAAGGGCUCAUUCGACCAUCCACUUUUCCAUACGGUGCUCCAGUGCUCUUCACCCCGAAACCGGACGGAAGCCUGCGCAUGUGCAUCGAUUACCGGGCUCUCAACAAGCAGACCAUCAAGAAUAAAUAUCCGAUACCACACAUCGAUGACCUGCUUGACCAGCUUUGGGGAGCUACGGUAUUUUCCAAACUGGAUAUGCGGUCUGGAUACUGGCAGAUACGAAUGGCGGAUAACUCCAUCCAUAAAACUGCCUUCCGAACUCAGUACGAAUCGUAUGAGUAUGUGGUAAUGCCAUUCGGACUCACCAACGCACCGGCAACAUUCCAAGCCGAAAUGAACCAUAUUCUACGGCCACUUUUGGACGAAUGCGUGGUGGUGUACCUGGACGACAUCCUCAUCUACUCAUACGACUUGAAACAGCACGUCGAACACCUACAACGCGUCUUCGAAAUUCUUCGAUGAGAACGAUUCUACGUCAAAAUGUCC